AAAACCCACGACUAUUCUUAUAUCUAGUGUACCGCUGUUCCAACACUACUCGACAACUCUGGCUGUUUUCUCACCACCGCAACACCCAGACUUAACAUCCUACUGACUUUGACAAUACAAACCUUCGCAAUGGAGAAGCAAAAUGUACCUAUGCAGCAAUAUCCUCAGUCACCAGACAUGACCGGCCAACCACCUAUCUAUCAUCAAGAUCCAAACGCGCAACACUAUCAACAGCAACCAGCCAUGUACGCGCAACAUCCUCAAGGCCAGCCUGCUGGCUCACCGCCACCCCAACACCCCCAAGGCGCAUACAUCCAGCCCGACCAUGCUGGCGCUCAGCCUGGCAUGCCUCCCCAGCAACAAAGCGGAGCCGUCUACCAGAACGCAACACCAAUUGCAAGCCUAAACCGCGGUCCUGCGCCUGCAGAUUGUCCUGCGUGCGGACAACGCGCCAUGACCAACGUCGCGUUUGAGACGGGAAACACCACACACGCCUGGGCUCUCGGUCUGUGCUGCCUCUGCUGCUUAGGAUGUAUCCCCUACGUGAUGAACUCGCUCAAGGACGUUCAGCACAAGUGUGGCCGCUGUGGUGUGCUGCUUGCGACUUGGCACCGCAGUGGAACCACUGAGGUACACAUCCACUCUUAGGCAAUGUGGGGGUCGCACAUAGUGGCAUACACGCACAGUCGAGGGGGGAAGGAGUUUUGAGAUAUUUGAAGGCGGAUGAUACCCAGAGAGAGAGAGUAAGGACGUUAAAGCGGCUGGUUGAAGGGUUCGCCUAUUGGCUUUCAGGGGCUUUUUGGGCUGAAUGUAGUUUUCACGUGUUGCGCGUCGUUGUCAUACCCAGAUUUGAUUGUAUUUGAAAUUACACGUAUUUUCCUGCGAUGCUCCAUAACGAUUGCGUGAGACAGGCGAGUUUUGCAGCACAACUAGUCAGCCAGUAUUUGUACCUGGAGACGCGUCUCCGUUCUUCAUUAGUCAGAACGUCGCUAAUAUGUUUCGCAUAGAUACAAAUUAAAGUAU